AUGUCGUUUACGGACCGUAACCCGCUCUCGUUAUCCAUGCCUCAGCACAACUUGAAACAGUUGACGAAGCAAUUGGAACGAGAUUGGAACGACGAGGAAGAGAAGAGAAGGUGCGAAAAGAAUGAAAAGAGUAAUCACGCGGAGGAGAGAGGGUCGAGAAACAGCAACAACAACUUUAACAACAUUAGAGGUGGUGGUGGAAAUGGUGGUGCUCUGAGAAUAGAUAACGUCCUCGUCGAGGACAGACCAAAGCUGGCGUAUCUAACUAUAGAAGACUUGAAAAAGAAAGCGAAACCGUGGAGAGAGUUUUUCAGCACGGACUAUUUGAGAAAGUCGUAUAGCGUGCCGAGAACGAAAAGGGAGGCGUACGCUCGAUUCGAUCGAAACGUGUACGAGUAUUUAGGGAAUUAUCGGAGGUGUUCGUGGAUCAUAGCUUUGGCUUUGUUGUAUAAAAAACCGAAAGCAAUCGCCGGCGGCGUCAUCAUCUUGAAACUGUACGACGUGUUGCAAGUGCUCGGUCAAACCGUGGCGAUACAGGAUUCGCACAAGACGGUGAUUCAGUUUUUCUUGCAGGUUUUGAUUUGGGUGGUGUCGAUAGUGACGAGAGUGUUUGCGAGUCUUUCCAUGGCGGUAGCGGUGGUGUUUACGAUAUUGGGAUUGCACGCGAUAUUGAGACGGUUGGACGCGCCAAAGCCGACAAAAAGAAACGGAAAAAGAAUCUCAGGGGUCGUCUGGGAAACUAAGUCGCCGAGAGAAAUGAAUAACGCGAAUAAUAGAGGUGGAAUAGGAGGGAUCAUAGGUAGUUUGAUAAAUAGGAACAAAACGCAACGGAGGACUUGA